AUGGCCUCGUCCUCGAAGCCAUCGAGCUUUCUGCUCUACUCUUGUAUAGCCCAUCGCACCACGAUCCUCGCCGAACAUUCCGCCCCAGGAACCUCCUCCACCGCCGCCUCCUCCCUCGCCUCCAUCAUCCUGCCCAAGAUCACCCACGACAAGCCCCAAAAGCUCACCUACACCCAUGAGCGUCUCUUCGUGCACUAUAUCGCCGACUCGCCGACAGGACCGUCCGAGGACUCCAGCCGUCAGGAGCCCGACUCGUAUGCGCCCCUGAGCUACAUCGUCGUCGCGACGGCCGAGCAGGGCCGCCGCAUCCCGUUCGCUUACCUCCUCGAGAUGAAGCGCAAGUUCCUGUCGACGUAUCCGCCGGCCAGCACCGACUUCGCCUCGCUGCCGGCCUACGGCUGCGCCGGGUUCAACUCCGAGCUCCGCGCCCUGCUGCAGACGUACAACACCGCUCCGCCGUCGGAUUCGCUCGCCUCCGCCCGCAGGGAGAUCGACAGCGUGCGCGAUAUCAUGACUGAGAAUAUUGAGCGGGUGCUCGAGCGCGGUGAACGUAUCGAUUUGCUAGUGGAUAAGACUGAUCGGCUGGGUGGGAGUGCGCAUGAUUUCCGUAUGCGGAGUCGCGGCCUGCGCCGGCGGAUGUGGUGGAAGAAUGUGAAGCUGAUGGUUUUGCUCGCGGUUGUGAUUAUCUUCCUGUUGUAUCUGUUUAUCGGGAUCGGCUGCGGACUGCCCGCUUGGGGGAAGUGUGUUGGACACAGCGAGUGA